AAUCUCUAAUAAAUAAAAUUCCCAACUUUUUCUUCGACAAAAAAGUUCAUCAUCAAACCACUUCUCACUUCUCAAGUCUUCCCUGUGAUGGCAAACUUGAGGAGUGAUGCUACCACCUCUCGCCGUAUUACCCGUGCUUUCCUCGACUUUCUCGAUUCUGUUGAACCUGCCCCUGGUGUUGAUCUUGAAGGCCUUGAAGUUGCCAAAGAUUGUUUAACAGAAGUCUUCAGACUUCAUCUACUGCCUGAGAGUGAGCGACCAGAACCUAAUUUGUUGCUAAACAUUUUCAGCUCUAGUGAAGAGGCCCGACCCGGAUCAUCUGCACAAAAUAAUGCCUCUGGUGAUUUUUCAGGAACAUCCCGAAACCAGGGAGAUGGCGAAGACAGAGAAAGCAGUGACAUAGGGGCGUCUAAUAGAGAUGAACUUUCUACACAACUUUUGGAUGCAUUAGAGAAAAUGCACUUCUUUACAACACCAGAUGGAGAUGAUGAUCAUUUAUUGAGGGUUAACGCAGUAACCGUGUGUCAAUCGGCUCUCUUUGAUAUGGAAGAUUCUGGAUGUGAGAUGAAUCGAAAAAACCUGGCUGAUACUCUAAAAACACAAGGCAACAAAGAUGUGCAAUCUAGUAAUUACGAGGACGCUAUUAUUCGGUAUACUUCUGCUAUUGCUCUCUGUGAAAAUGCAGUGUACUACUGUAACAGAGCAGCUGCUUAUACUCAGAUGCGCAAAUACGACGAAGCUAUUAAAGAUUGCCUUAAAUCCAUUGAAAUUGACCCAAAUUAUAGCAAGGCAUACAGUCGGUUGGGUCUUGCGUAUUAUGCACAAGGGAAGUAUAGUGACGCAAUCAAUAAAGGCUACAAAAGAGGUCAGUAUGCCUUGGAAUUGGAUCCUAAUAGCAAUGCUGUUAAAGAAAAUAUCCGGGUGGCUGAGCAGAAAUUGAAUGAAGAACAAGAGCAAACACGUAGGAAUCAGGACCACCCUACCGGAUCAUCUGGUAACCAAGCUGCACCACCACCAUCUUUUUCGUCUGUAUCAUUUGACGCCGGUACUAUUCCUGCCAAUCUUCCUGCCAAUUUCGCGAGCAUGUUCUCCAACAUUGCGGGAAAUGCAUCUCAAAACCAGACUAGGCAAGGUGAAGCCAAUCACGAGACCCGUUCCCCAUUCGGGUCAAGUACCUUUGACAGCAAUGCUAUUCCCUCAGAAAUGGCAAGCAUGUUCAUGAACAUGGCAGGUAGUGCAUUUCAGGGACAACAACAGGAUUCUCAGAGCAACCAUGAAAAUGGAGUCCCAAACUUUGCUAGUAUGUUCAUGAAUAUGGCUGGACAAGGCCAACCACAGGGUGCCCACACAGUUGUUGAUGAUGAUGAUGGCACAGAAACAAGAACAGGACAAAGGAGUUUUAGUUUCAACUUUGAUAUUGAUGGUAAUGGAAGACCUACCUCAAGAUAAACUGCAUUGGAUUUGGAAGUAGACCUGUCAAAAGUCGACUUGACCCGAAACCCGACCCGAAAUUACUGGGUCUUGAACAAGAAUUGUGUGUAACCCGAUUUUAUCCGAACCCGGACAACCCGAAAAGUAAUGGGUCAAAACCUGACCGACAUUCAAUAUGUUCAAUAUGUUCUUGUUAUCUAUGUUUCUUUUUGGUAUACUGGAAGUAGACCUGUCAAAAAAUCGACCCGACCUGAAAUUAUUUUUGUCUUGAAUAAGAUUUUGUGAUUUGUAACC